AUUUUGAAAAUGUUUCCAGACAUAUUGUAGUUGAGAUGGGAUGCUGAAGGCGAAGUCACUAUGAUGUCGACAACAGUAGCAGCCCUACUCUUCGCCUUCAUCGGCGGCGUUCUCGCACAGCGACCCAAUAUUGUAUUCAUCGUCGCGGAUGAUCUAGGCUGGAAUGAUGUUGGCUUCCGGAACCGUGACAUGCUGACACCUAUUAUGGACAAAAUGGCGCGAGAUGGUGUGAUACUGGACAGGAACUAUGUACAGCCGCUGUGCAGUCCCUCCCGAAGUGCAUUUAUGUCUGCGGUUUUUCCCUUCAAAUCUGGUCUUCAGCAUCAAGUCAUUGGAGCUAAACAAUCAGUCUGCCUGCCCCUCAACUACACCAUCCUCCCACAGGAGCUGAAGAAACUCGGCUACGCCACACACAUGGUUGGCAAAUGGCACCUGGGUUUCUGUGAGUGGGGAUGCACACCAACAUACCGGGGCUUCGAUACUUUCUUCGGCUACUAUAAUUCAAAGGAGGACUAUUACUUGCAUAAUAUUUCCGGGUUUUUAGACUUCAGGAACAAUAAGGAAGCGGAAUGGGAUUACCAAGGGACAUAUUCAGCGUGGGUGUUCACAGAGAAGAUCGUUGACGUCAUCAACACCCAUGACAAGAGCCAACCACUGUUCCUGUAUCUGCCCUUCCAGAACGUUCACGCCCCGACAGAGGUCCCCAAGAUAUAUGAAGAUAGGUUCCCACAUGUUGUGAAUAAGGGAAGGCGUGUGUUCAGUGGUAUGGUGAAUGCCCUUGAUGAAGCUAUAGGGAACGUGACUGACGCCUUGAAGGAGAGAGGGCUGUAUGACAACACACUGUUCCUGCUCACAGCUGAUAACGGAGGGGAGAUAUUUAGUCACGGCAACAACUGGCCCCUGAGAGGAGGCAAGCACUCUCUGUGGGAGGGGGGUACGAGGGUGACGGCGUUCAUGUCGGGGGCGGGACUCCAGAAGACGGGCUACACGUAUGAUGGAAUGAUCCACGCUGUAGACUGGCUACCGACUUUGGUUUCCGCCGCCGGAGGAACGCCGGUGACCGACAGAGACGGGAUAGAUCAGUGGGACUCUAUCAGGAAUGGCCUCCCGUCCAAGAGAACCGAGUUCAUCUACAAUCUGGACUACCUUGUUAUACCGAAAGAAGGCCAAGCUGGCAUCAGGAUGGGCAAUUACAAACUGCUGCUUGGUUACCCUGGACAACAAGAUGGCUGGCACCGUCCCAUGAACAACACUGAAGAUGAUAUAUACGAAGAAAUAAUUUAUGACCUUGACCCUGAUAAAGCACAGUUAUUUGAUGUAAUAGCGGACCCCACAGAGCGACAUGACCUGUCCUCCCAACUACCAGACGUUGUUGCAAAGCUGAAGUCUCGCCUUCUGGAGUACCGAAAGCAGAUGGUACCCCCCAACUUCCCCGACCCCGAUCCACAGUCCAACCCCAGGAAUUAUGGCAACGCUUGGACGCCUGGCUGGUGCAAACUCUAAGAACUCUCUUCAUAAUUCUUCAUGUCGCGUAACGAGCUUGAACAAGACGUACAAGCUCUCAUCAUCGAAACAUGUUUGCAGUCUGAAUAUACAUACAGUAAACUACGGUUAUAACGAACUCAAAGGGACCACUAAUUUUAGUUCGUUAUAACCGUAGUUCGUUGUAAGCAUAUACAGAAUAUGUACAGCAAAUGGUCAGGACAAA